CUAGGCCCUUCUCUCGUGGUCUUCCCUUGAGCAGCAGCUGUUGAGUGUGGCCACCCCCAACGUCCCUGAAUAUGUAUACCUGUGCAAAGUUCGUCUUUGCUCCUGCCCUUAUAAAGAACAGUUUCCAGCUGCUCUGUAGGCCCAUCUCUGCCUCUGUGCUGAACAGGCCUGAGGUCAGGACGAAGGAGCCUUGUCUCUCAGGUGCUCACAAUGAGCUCUUGCCAGUGUUGCGCCGGGAGUUCCAAACCAGCACUGUUUCCAGGGACAUUGAUACUGCCGCCAAGUUUAUUGGUGCUGGCGCUGCCACUGUAGGUGUGCCUGGCUCUGGUGCUGGCAUCGGGACCGUAUUUGGCAGUCUUCUCAUUGGCUAUGCCUGAAACCCUUCCCUAAAGCAUCAGCUCUUCUUCUAUGCCAUCGUGGGUUUUGCACUCUCUGAGGCCAUGGGGCUGUUCUGCUUGAUGGUGGCAUUCCUCAUUCUCUUUGCAAUGUGAAGGAGCCGGGUGUGCUGCCUGCCAUGUGCUCC